AUGGCACCUUUGGGGCUUAGAAAACAACCAGGUGGAGCUGAAAAACGAAGGAAGAGAAAGAAAAUACAAGAAUUUGUCAAGUCUCAAGCCAAUGCUAUGUUAAAGUUUCUCAAGAAACCCGAAACAUCUAGCGUCACUGCUCAAAGAAACGACUUUGAAGGUAAAGAUGGUAUUUUUCAGAGUAAAGACGAUCCUGAGAAAGAGAAAGAUGAGGUUUUGCAUCAAAGUGAGCAGAAGAAGGAACAGCAUCUCUCUGAAGAUAUGUCUGAUCCUGGAAACUGGAGAAACGUGGUCGACACGAAAAUGAGAGACUUGUUGGUUGAGAAGGGUCCAGCGACAAGGCUACCGAGUGAUUAUCAGUUUCCCAAGAAUGCGAAUGGUAGGCGUUUCUCGCAUUCGCUCUACAUAAGAGACUUGGUGAAUGGAGAGAAAGUAAAUCGGCAGUGGCUGGUUUACUCAAAAUCUUUAGAUAAAGCUUUUUGCUUUUGCUGCAAGCUGUUCAGAGAUGACCAGACAAAUGGUGGUGGCUACUUGGUAACUACAGGGUAUAACAACUGGACAAAUGUUUCCACAAGGCUCAAAGAACACGAAAGAAGUCAUGAUCAUAUGCUUCUUAUGACGCGUUGGAAAAUGUUGGAGAUGGGACUUCAAAAGAAUCAGACUGUUGAUAAGCUGCUUAAUAAGUUGUAG